UAUAUAAGGCAGGAGGGAACGCGAGAGAAGCAGCAAAGCGAAGCGAACGAUCGAGAGAGCGUCGCGGCGGCGGAGUAGAAUAAGGGUUUCUGAUCGCGGUCGUCGGUAGUAGGCGGCGGAGAUGGAUCCGGACGCGGUGGCGAAGGCGUUCGUUGAGCACUACUACCGGACGUUUGACUCGAACCGGGCAGGGCUGGCGAACCUCUACCAGGAGGGGUCGAUGCUGACCUUCGAGGGGGCCAAGACCCAGGGCGCCCAGGCCAUCGCCGCCAAGAUCUCCUCCCUCCCCUUCCAGCAGUGCAUCCACAACAUAUCCACCGUCGAUUGCCAGCCCUCCGGCCCCGCCGGCGGCAUGCUCGUCUUCGUCAGCGGCUCCCUCCAGCUCGCCGGCGAGCAGCACGCCCUCAAGUUCAGCCAGAUGUUUCAUUUGAUGCCAACACCACAAGGAAGCUUCUACGUGUUGAAUGACAUCUUCCGAUUGAACUAUGCCUGACAAUUCUUCCAUACAGCUCGGAAGGUAGUUGUUGCAAUACCAGAAAGGCUUUAAUAUCUAUUCUGAGUUCGUGAGUUUCCUAGCAAAAGAAGGUUGUUCUUUUGUUUUAUGGUUUGUUUUCCUUUAUUUGAAUGGAUUGGCAACGGAGCAUGUUGAACCAGUUUUAAGGCUUGCAGGAUUUGAACCGAUAAUUUCGUAUCACAUAUUGUUUGUUUGAUUUUCACCUUAAUUGAAGUGGUUGCAUGCUGUUGCUUGCCAUGUGGUUGCAACUAGAAUGGCUUUGUUAUGAAUGAACAAUCCAAAUAAUGGUA